AUGAGGGAGAGGAGGGAGGCGAAGAAGAGAUCAAAGAACAUGCAGUUGGGUACUAGUGCAAUACCUGAGCCUCCGACAAAGAAGACAAGGAAGUCAAAGAAGUGUGAGUGUCUUGCAAUGUUAAGAGCUAGUAUGAAUGGGGAAGGUGAGUGUGUAGUAAGGAAUGUCGUAUUAGAACACUCUAACCACCAGCCCAUUCCCAGAAAUUGGAGGGGAGUGAAAGAGUAUAGAAUGGCCCAUGUCACAGAGCAUUUUAAGGAAGGAUUAAUAACAAGAUUUGAUUCGGGUGCGCCGGUGUCACAGGUAAGGGCAAAUCUUGCGGAACGAUUGGGUGGAAUUGAAAAUGUUAUCCUAACUGAAAAAGACAUGUCACACAUAGUACACAAAGAACGAAAAUUGAAAAUGGAAGGUGGGGAUGCGAGUGCAAUGAUGUCCUAUUUCGAGGGGUUACAAAGGGACAACGAUAAAUUCUUCCACGCCCACAGACUAGACGCGGAAGGUCAUCUAAAGGAUAUUAUGUGGGUUGAUGCAAGGAGUCGUGUUGCCUUUAAGGGCUUCGGGGAGGUCGUAUGCUUUGAUGCUACCUACCUCACCAACUCCUAUGAGCUCCCCUUUGCUAAUUUUGUCGGAGUGAAUCAUCAUGGUCACUCAUUGUUGCUUGGUUGUGCGUGUCCUAUGAAAAUUCAGAAAGCUUUACGUGGUUGUUUAGGCAGUGGCGCAUAUGCAUGGGAGGGAGAUGUCCUAAUGAAAUUUUAA